AUGAGUUAUCACCGCAGAACAUUCCGUUUUAUCAAACUUGAAAAAUCGGGCGAUUUUGCAUCGCGGAAGAACGUUAUGGAAGACAAAGUGCUGGACAAUAAAAUAAAAGUUUUGGAGAAAGAGGAGAAAUGUAUCCGUCAAAAACUGUUUGAGAUUCGUAGAGAAAAGUACUCGCGAAAUUUCUACAAAAACCCAGAGAGAGCCAGCUCUUCAAAGUUUGUAGACAUAAAUGUUAGCGAGAACAACGAAACUAAUCAAGAGAAAAACAAGUGUAACUUACUGACCGCCUCUGGUGUGGAGCGAACCAAAAGCUCUUUUAGAAGACAAUCUUGUUCAGUGGAGGAGCACAAUCCUGGACAAGUGGUUCGUGUUUGUGUGUCGUCAAAAUUCGAAGACAAAGUGACAGGAGACGAAAGUCCUUUUUCGGGCGGCGCCUUUUCUUCAAUCGAUAAAUCGAAAAAAAGAAAUCGAAGGCAUUCCGUAGCUGUCGUGACUGACAUCGAUCGACGAAAGGUGCUAGAUUUGUUUAAAUCAGAGCAAACAGGGGACCAGUCAAUUUCAUCAGGUGUCUCCUUUGCGGAACAAGCCAGCAAAGACGAUCUAUACUUUGGUUGUAAGUAUCAAGAAAAUUGUUCUGACUCAAUGUUUCUUUUUGAUAUCUCGCUGGACAGGGAUAGAGAUGGCUGUUCUACCCUAGUAAGCGACUUGAUGUCGCAACGAAACCUAUCACAAGUAAAUUUUAGUGGAGAAGUUACCUGUUGUGACAAACAGGAACAGAAAAGUCACUUUGCGAAACAAGUCGUAUCAGCGAAAAAUCCUUCGAUUUUGAAGUCAGAUGCAGACAGAAAAGACAUUCCACAGAGCGUUAAAGUGAUCACCCCUAGAAGAAGAACUAUGUCACAGCCCACCAGACCUCAGAGCAGCCGAACUUACAGCGACAGUUGUGUCGGAGAAAAACCUACUUACCGAAAAUGUUCUACCCCAGGACCAAUUAUGUCAAAAAAGCAUUCAAGAGUAGCAUUCGUGGAACCAGAUGUCGCUACAAUAGCUUUGCCUAAAUUAGCCAAACUCACCCCAAAUAUGACACGAAAUCGUGCUAUGGGGCUUAAACGACGACCACGGAGUCUUCCAGAAAUGCCGUCGCAAUCUCAUCAAGGAUCCGUGCUUACAGAAAAGGAAGAAAAAAUGGCUGAGCAAGUUCUCAUCAGGCAAAUUGAAAUCCAAGCAUCAGCUGAAAAAAUGAAGAGGCUUUCUUUACAACAUUUUGGUGAGUCGAAGCCAAGCCCGAAAUUUCGAAAGCAGUCUGUGACAGUGAGUUCUUCGAGCUCACCACAUUUUCGUCGAGGUACAGAAACCUUGAUUGCAAACGACUUCUACAACAACAAUGAGGCUCAAAGACCGGGAAUCAUACGGAGACAAACAGAUAAUCCAGAAACCUUAAGAAAAUUUGUUAAAAAUCAGUGUAAGAAGGAAAAGGGGCAACAUACAAUGGAACAGAUUUUAUUAGGACUGUCCGGUGACAUGCCAGAUUGUAGAUAUCUGAGAUGUGAUCAAGUACAGUAA